AUGAUGUGGUGCGUAGCCGGCGCUGCUGUCAUUGCAGCUCCCGAGCUAACAUAUAAAUCGGCGUCAAAGCAUGUCGUGUUAUUAGCAUAUUCUUCGGAAGCAUUGUAUACAACCAAACCGUCGCCUCAUUGGCGUUCCGCUACAUUUGAAAGUCUGAACGGAAUCAAAGCUAGCAGGAAUUUUCAUGAAUACCAGAGGACUGCGUGCGGUCAGUCAAUGUUUCCAAAAUGCCAGGAAGAUUGGAAAGAAAUAGCAGAUUUAUUUGAGGCACGAUGGAACUUUCCACACUGUUUGGGCGCAAUCGACGGCAAGCACAUUGACAUCAUUCCGCCGGCUGGAAGUGGCUCUGAAUUUUUUAAUUAUAAAGGCCGACACAGUAUGGUUCUUUUAGGAAUUGCAAAUAUCAAUUUAUUUUAGCAGAUUUUGGGACCAAUGGAAGAAUUUCGGAUGGAGGUGUUCUCCAAAACACAAAAUUUUUCGAAAUGUUGACAAAAGGUGAUUUACGUAUCCCAACCGAAGAAUAUGUCAAAGGAAAUGGUAGGAAUCUGCCGUAUGUGUUUGUCGCCGACGACGCUUUUGCUUUACGCAGCGAUAUGAUGAAACCAUUUCGACAAGCGGACUUGAACUCGAACGAGAAAAAAAUAUUUAACUAUAGAUUGUCUCGUGCAAGGCGCAUCAUCGAAAAUACGUUUGGAAUAUUGGCUGCACGAUUUCGUAUAUUUCAUACUCAAAUUAAUGUUGAACCUGAAAACAUUAUUAAAAUAGUAAUGGCCGCAGUUGUGCUGCACUAUUUUCUCAUAGAAAAUUCACCAAAAUCAUACGCACCUAAACAAUGUGUUCAAGAAGAAAAUGCUGACGGAACCGUUAUUAAUUAUGGAUACAAUACACAAAACUCUAGCAUGGAAAAUUUAGAGCAACGAAACCCCGGCAAUAUCAAUGACACAGCAAAAAAUGUUAGGGAAAAUUUCAUGUAUUACUUUAAUCAUGAGGGCAGCGUACCAUGGCAAAACAGUUAUAUUAACUAAAUAUAUAAUGAAUAAAAAUAAUGAUAGAUUGUGUUUUAUUAAUUUACCUCAGAUAAAGUCUCCUCAUCUGCAU